AUAAUGGUUGACCUCAGACCAUCAGAGAUCUACUUUACGCAACGUCAAAUAAACAAUCGAUUUAAACAAGGAACACGACACGCGGGUUACUACAUCGGACAAACUCUGGACGAUUUGUGUACGGGCAGAUGUACAGUGUCUGACAUACCCACGAUUAACGUGAUGUGGGAGCAAGGUAAAUGGUGGACGGCGGAUAACAGGAGACUGUGGGUGUUCCGGCAGUACGAGAGACUGGGCGGAUGUACAACCAUUCCCGUUAUCAGGACGUAUUGGAUCGACCCACGAAAGAAAGAUUCACCCAACGGCGGGACAAGUGUAGUUUUCAGUUAUGGUCGAUUACCUGGCGGCGUCUGGUACCGUGAAGCGGACAAGCAGUUGUCCGAACUCAAACAGACAACAAAAUCAUCAGACAGGCCGAGGCCUAUUAGGUCUACAGAGGAUGUCUGGUCCAGUUUGUCCCAUAACUCCGCAAGUGUCUUUGAGGAUCAGAUCAAAGAGCAUGCCUUUCAGUACAGGGGGUUCGGGCGAAGUUUGGAGCCCACGCAGCAGGGGCAGCUGACCACUUCUUAUCCUGUUCAAUUGGAGACGAAAUUUUCACGAUCGAACAAUACUGUAUACCUGAAACCAGACGAUUUGAAAUACACUAAAAAUCGAAUCAAACGAUCGUUGGAAGGCCCACAUGGUCGAACCUCCUUGUUGUCAUUCUGUAACAUGAUGCUGGAAGGUUUGGUGUUACCGGAGGAUGUAGCACCCGCUGAGGUGUAUGACGUGUUCGACGAUAUGUGGGUGGUCAGUGGAAACAGACGGCUGUGGGCCUUCAAAAGAGCCGCAAAUCUUGACCCAGACAUUCUCAUUCCCGCAACUCUCAGCAAGGACAAAACUGAGUUUCUGAAAAAUGUGAGAGAAAAUAACCAAGCUCACUUGUCCCUGAUGGACAUAUUGACCAUGGGUGACCAUGUGAUCGUCUCUAAUGGGGACAUUUCUCCCCAAGAGUAAUUUCAUUGCAAAAUUGGGAACGGUCCAUGCGAAUAUUUCUUCAAAAUACCUACUCUAAAUAUUAGCCAACACAGAUGUAGCUCUGUGGAUGUCAACGCAGACUUCAAUAUUUUACAUUUGUUGUAUAUUAUCGUUUUUUGGCACCAUGCACAACUUAAACAAUAUAAAUAUUAUCUUUUUUGGCAUGUUGUAGGUAUAUAUUGCUAAAAAUAUAUUAAUAGCAUAUUUAAAAAAAACCCGGCUGGAACCUAGCUUUGGGCUCUAUAUAGCCUUCACAAAGAGUAAGUUCAUGAAAGAGUUUGUACUUUCAACUACACGUGUGAUAAACAUUUCGGUGAAUAAGAUAGUGUAAGUAUCUAUAUACAUAUACAUCUUAGUUGAACAGUGCAUCAUCCGGACUGCGUGAAAAGGUUGAACACCACAACUCGCAAGUUGUAAGCGCACA